AUGCUUUGGGAAAAGCCAGGUGGCGGUGAGCCAGCCCAAACUACAUGGGACCUCAAGGAGCCCUUGACGGUCAAAUGGUCCCACGUCUCCGGAGAGGAGAACAAGGCGUUCUGCAUCUACCUCACCAACCGUGUUGACUACCCCCCUGUAACCGAGCUGGUCCUGCGCUACGCGGUCAUGGGCCGAGAUGAGGUUACUAUUCCUCCAUCAGGACCAAUGGAAAUCCCUAUCAAUUGCAACUACCGUCUCUGGGCUAGUGCUUGUGGAGAUCCUGAGACUAUCUACGCUGAAACGGAGCUGUUCUGCAUUGAUAUUAGGCACAAUGGUGAUCUGUAG